CGGUGAAAUGCAUCUUGAGCUAAUGAACGGGACACGAUUGGAGUUACUUAUACUGAACAACAAUCGGUUAAGUGGCCCAAUACUUACUUUUGGGCCUACAACUCUACGAUAUCUGGAUCUUUCUAACAACUUUUUCACAAGCUUUGGUCAACAUCCAACUUUUCUUCCAUGGACUCAUCUAAAAUUUCUUGAUCUCAGAUCCAAUUGGCUCGAAGGAUCACUUCCUAUCCUGCCAAUCAAUACUUCACAUUUUUUUAUUUCAAACAACUCAUUGACCGGAAAUAUACAAGAAUCGUUUUGCAAUCUGAGUUCUCUUAAAGUCCUUGAUUUGGCUAGUAACAACUUAAGCGGUUCCCUUCCUCGAUGCUUGGACAACUUUGGUGCUUCUCUAUCAGUACUUGAUCUACAAAGGAACAAAUUUCAAGGAAGCAUUCCAAAAACUUGGAUUAAAGGAAGCCAAUUGGAGAUAGUAAAUUUAAGUCAAAACAAAUUCCAAGGGCAUUUAUCGAGAUCGUUGGACAAGUGUACGAUGCUCAAGGUCCUAGAUCUAAGCAAUAAUGAAUUCAAUGACCGAUUUCUCUCUUGGUUGGAAAAUCUUCCAAAUUUACAGGUUCUCAUUUUGCGGUCAAACAAAUUCCAUGGCCCAAUAAGGACUUCUAAGAGUGAAUACAUGUUCCAAAAGUUGCGAAUCAUUGACCUCUCUCACAACAAUUUUGUUGGAAAGCUACCACUAAAACUUUUCGGCAACUGUAAUGCAAAAACAUCCAAGACUGCAAAUCAUUUGACGUAUAUUCAAGUAAGCUCAACUACUACUUACAGGAGUUAUGAUGAAUAUGGUUACUCCAUGACAGUGACAAACAAAGGGGAGAUUAUGUUCUAUGAGAAGGUCCAAGAAUUAUUAAUGGUUGUUGAUAUCUCAAGAAAUAGAUUUGUCGGGAGCCUUACGGAGCUUGAAGCAUUGGACCUUUCUCAAAACAUGUUGUCGGGGGAGAUUCCACAACAACUAAUACAGCUUACUUUCUUAGAAUUCUUCAAUGUUUCUCAUAAUAUUCUCACAGGACUUAUACCACGAGGGAAACAAUUUGAUACAUUUCAAAACAAUUCAUUUGAAGGGAAUCCAGGAUUGUGUGGAAUACCAUUGACAAAGAAAUGUGAGAAUUCUGAUGAGACGCCUUCUCAACCUUCCAUCUCUCAAGAAAGUCAUGACUCUAAAUCACCAUUUGAAUUUGGUUGGAAAAUAGUUGCAAUUGGAUAUGGAUUUGGAUUUGUUGUUGGAGUAAUAAUUGGGCCCAUUGUGAUCGCAAGGAAGCAUAAUUGGUUAAUGAAGACCUUCCGAAUAAGGCCAUUGAGUAGGAGGAGGCUCCGAAAUUAAAUAGAACAUUUUGGACAUGAUGCCUUCCCAAAGCAAUAUAUUAUUAUUAUACGUGUGUGUUAUUUUGCUUGUAAUCUUAUUUUUCUCUGUGUUGU